UGUUGUACAUGAAAUUCAUGUAAUGAUGCUGAAGAAACUCUUCCCAUAAAAGGCAUGCAGCAAUCAAAAAGAGGAAGAGGAAGGACAAGAGGAAGAAGGUGGACGGAGAGGUGAUGGACGUGACAGAGCAGAACUGCAGUCUAGUUACGGUGGCGAAUGGUGCUUAUCCUGUACGGUGGACUGAGGAAGCACUUCUCCCUUUCUUCACAGAUGAGAGUCUGCAGGUCACCAUGGACGCCCAACACCCUUCUGCCUCCCACAGCAUUGCUCCUGCUCUCCCAGAACUUAGACUGGUCCUCCUGGGAAAGAAAGGAACUGGGAAAAGUGCAGCAGGCAACACCAUCCUAGGAGGAGUAGGGGGGUUUGAGAGCGGGAAGCCUACAGAGGAGUGUGUGAAAAGGCGAGCCGAUGUGGCGGGGGGGAGGGUGGACACCCCUGGGUGGGAGUGGUACUACCCACUGAACAGCACCCCGAACUGGGUAAGGAGAGAAACUUUACGGAGUGUGUCACUUUGUCCUCCUGGACCUCACGCUGUGCUCCUGGUGGUUCGUUCCUGCGCUUCAGUGACAGAGCGCUACAUCGAGGAGAUAGAGGAGCACCUGGAGCCACUGGGAAAAGGAGUUUGGAAGCAUAUCAUGCUGCUGUUCACCAGAGGAGACGAACUGGGCCUGAUGUCCAUGGAGCAACGAAUCCUGACGAGUGGGCCAGCGCUCCAGAAACUGCUCCGGAAGUGUGGGAACAGAUACCAUGUUGUGAACAAUCGAAGUAAAGGAGAUGGGACACAGGUUAAAGAGCUGAUAAGGAAGCUGGAGCAGAUGGUGGGAGGGAAGAAGGAGGGAGGAAAUCACCUAGAGAUGAAUAAUACAGUUCUGUUAGGUCUGGAGGCAGACGGGAAGAGGAGAGCCAGAGAAAGGAGGAAGAAGCAAAGACAGAUGGAGGCACAGAUGCAAAGAGGGACCAUCAAAGCUGCUCUAAUGAGCGAUGGUCCUCAGGGUGCCGAAUUAGAUGCCCACCAAUCCUUCUCCAAGGCUCCCCGACGUCUACCUGAGGUCAGACUCAUUCUCCUUGGUGAGCGGGAAACUGGUAAGAGUUCUGCCGCAAAUACCAUCCUUGGCCAAAUGGGCUUCUUCCAAGUGGGUGUGGUAACAGAUGAGUGCAUCCGUCAGCAAGCGGAGGUGGCCGUGCGGCUGGUGACUGUGGUAGACACACCGGGCUGGGAGGCAGGUGUGGCGGGUGUUACACCUGAGAGAGUGAAGAGAGAAAUUGUUGGUAGUGUGGCCCUCUGCCCUCCAGGGCCCCAUGCACUCCUCCUGACUCUAAGGGUGGACACGCUGGUACAGGUGGGACAUAUAAGGGAACACCUGGAGCUUUUUGGUGAGGGUGUAUGGAGACACACACUCCUGCUGUUCACCCAUGCCGAUCAGCUUCGAGAGGGGGUGGAUAUUGAGCAGUAUAUCCAGAGUGGAGGCAGGGACAUGCAGUGGCUGCUGGAGAAGUGCAGGGGCAGGCAUCAUGUCAUCAGCAGCGUAGAUGGAGGAAAAGGAAGCAGAGGCUCCACUACGGUGACAGAGCUCCUGGAAAAGGUGGAAAAGAUGGCGACAAUGAACAGGUCUGAGGCUUUCUCUAGUCUGGUUCAGGAGGUCAGAGAUCUGAGCCAACAACGGAAUGAAAAGUUCAACCAGCGCCUGAAGGAGAUGGGAGAUAAGAUCAUUCGUCAGGAGGCGGAGUUGAAGAAUAUGAGAGAGAGGGAGAUGAAGAGCAUCAGGUGGUUUUUUGAUAGAAAAAAGAAGGUGAAAUCACCCGGGAAGGCGGACAUUCAAAGAGAAGAAGAGGAGGAUGAGGACAGGAGAUUUGGUGAAAGGAAAAAUGAUAUUGGAGAGCUGGAGGAGAGGAUGAGAUGGCUGACAGAGGAUAAAGAGAGAGAAAUUCAGGAUCUGAGCACAGAAAAUGACAGGAUGCAUGUAGCACUAAAGCAAAGUAAUAAAGAAAGGGACGAGGUGAUGCUCAAACUGGAGCUAAGAGAUAGAGAGAUCGAGGAGCUGAAAGAAAGAACUGACGAGCAGCAACUGAAGCUUCUCAACCUUGAACGUGCAGGUGUAGAAAAUGAACAUGAGAGAAAACAGAGGGAGGCUGUAAUUAGAACAAAAAUGCAAGAGUGGAGGGACGAAGUAAAGAAACUGGAGGAAUCUAUAGAGCUGCACAAGAAAGAGAAAGCAGAGUGGAUGGCAAAAGCUGAUCAUUUAAAAGCUAAAAUAGAUGAGACUAAAAGACACUAUGAUGAUGUUCUCAAGAGAAAAGAAGAAGAAAAAGACAGAGAUAUGACAGAGAUGGAACAAAAACUAAAAAAAGAGAUGCACAUAAAACUGCUUGAAAAAGACAAAGAGCUGGAAGAACUGAGAAAUAAAGCCUUGGAUGAAAAGCAGAUAACUCUCAAUAACAUAAAGCAACAUGAAAAAGAUUGGGAAAGAAAAGUUGCAGAAAUUAAAUCACAACACAAGCAAGAGCUAGAGAGAAAAAUGCAGGAGAAAGAAAGAGAGAUCCAAGACAUGAAACUGCAGCACCAGGAAGAAAUGGCCAUAAAAAUCAGUGAAACAGAAGAAAUGAUUGAGACUAUGAAAAUUCAACAUCAAGAGAAACUAGACCAAAAGUUGAAAGAAAAAGCAGAUGAUAUGCAAAGGGUCAAACAACAGCAUGACACAGACAUAAGGGACAUACAGCAAGAAAGACAAAGAGAGAUUGCAGAGCUGAAAGAGCAUUUUAGAAAAGAAAAUAAGAAACAUACGGAAGCAGCGAAGAAAGAGUUAACAGGGCUGGAACAAAAGCACCUUGUCAAAAUAGAAGAAAACAUGCUAGAAAAUGAAAAAGACAAGGAAAAGAUUUAUCUAAACCAUAAAAAAGACAUGGCACAAAAGAUGCAAGAGGCAGACGAAGAAAAAGAAGCAUUAAAACGGCAGCAUCAGGAAGAAAUGGCAAGAAAGAUAAACGAAAUGGAAAAACUGAUGGAGGCAAGGGGGGUUGAACACCAGGAAGAAAUGAACAGAAAAGUGAAAGAAAAGGAAGAAGAGGUAGGAAGAGUUCAACAACAGUUCACUAAAAAAAUAAGUGACAUAGAGCAAGAAAGACUAAAAGAGACUAAAAAGCUGAAAGAACAGUUCGCAAAGGAAAUAGAGAGAGAGUCACAGAGAAGACAAACAGAGAUAAAAGAAUUACAGCAAAAGUGUGCUGCCCAAAUAAAAGAAAAAGUGCUAGAAAGUGAAAAAGAGAAGGAAAUGAUUACUCAAAAUAAUGAAAAGUACAUUUUGGAACAACUACAAGAGAGAGACAGGCUGACAGAGGAGUUAAAGCAUCAGCACGUUAAAGAAAUUGAAGAAAAAAGGCAAGAAUGGAAAAAGGAAAAAGAAAGAUACAAGAAAGAAAUGGAGGAAAGGGUGGAUGAAAAGGAAAAUGAGAUUAGGGAGAUGAAACUAAAGGUCAAAGAACUCAGCAACAAGCUGCUACAAAGGGAAGUGAAAGAAAUAGAUCAUUUAAAUUACAAAACAGAAAUGGAGCAAUCACUUGAAGAAAAAGAAAGAGAAGUGGAAGAGAUAAAAGAACAUUUUAAACAACUAGAACAAACCCUGCGACAGACAGAGGAGAAAGGAGAAAGAGAUCAAUUAAAUCACAAAAAACAGAUGGCGCAAAAACUGCAAGAAAACGAACGAGCAAUAAAAAAGUUGAACCAGCAUAUAAAGGAUAUCGAUGAAAUUCUGCAAAGAAAAGACGAAGAGAGAGGGGAAAUCAUUCUAAGCCAAAAGAAAGAGGCAGAGCGACGACUGCAAGACAUGGAGAGAGAGAUGGAGGGGGUGAAACAACAGCUUUUAAAUGAAUUGGAGAGAAAAAUAAAAGAAAAAGAAACAGAGAUCCAAAGUAUUACACAGCAGGCUGACUCCAGGGAGGUGAGAUGGAAGGAAGAGCAGAAGAAGAAGGACGAGAAAGGACAAAAUGAGAUGAACAGACUGAUAGAAAUCAUUGACAAGAAAACUAAAGAAAUAACAGAAGCACAGUGUCUCCUUGCACAGAGAGACAGUGAGAUUGAGGAGGCAAAAAAGACAUGUGCAAACUUCUUAAAAGACAUUGAAGCGCUUAAAGAAAGCAAUAAAAACCAGGCCUCCAGUAUUACUGAAAUACAAAAGCAUCACACAGAGCAGGAAAGAAAAAAAGAUGCUGAAAUGAUGGAAAAGCUGCAAGAGAAAGAAGUGGAGCUCAACCACCUGAGACAGAGAGACACAGAAAAUGAAAUGGAGAUUGUCCAACUGAGGCUGACCAUGGAGCAAACAAAGUCAGAACUGAAGGAGCUCACAAGCAAAAUGGAAAAGGAAAUGUCAAGCAUGAUCCAGGAAUAUGAAAAGGAGAUUACAAGACGAAACCAGAGCCUACAAUCAGUUGCAAAGGAGAAGGAUGACGCUAUAAGUUGUUUGGAAGAAGAAAGUCGGCAAAGUAUCGCGGACAUCACCAAGAAAUAUGAGAAAAGUCAAAAGAGGGCUGAGGAGCUGCAGGAGCAAAUGGAAAAUCUGAAAAUUAAGUUUGAAUCACUGAAGGACAGUGAAGAGGAAGUUAGGAUAUACCUCAGAAGAUACGAAGAGCAGGUAAAGAGCAAAGAAUCUGAAAUCCACAGUGCUCUUAAAGAGAAAGAUCUGGAGGUCAGGGCAUUAAAGGGGGCAAAUGACAAACUACAAGUAGAGAUAGAAAGGAUGAAAAAGAAAGAAGAUGAGGCAGAAACACGGAUGGGUGAGCUGAGAGAGCAUUUUGAGAGACAGUUGAUGGAGAAACAGCACGAGUUCAGAAUUAGGGCUGAGGAGACUGACAAGAAAUUCUUAGAAAGAGAAAAAAAAAUAGGGGAAAGGGAGCAGGAUGUGAGCAGAAACAUAGAAGAGCUGAGCAAAAGAGGAUAUCACCUGGAUGCAAAACAGAAAGAGCUUGAUGAAAAGGAGGUAGAGCUUGAAAGUAAGGAAAAAGAACUUAGAAAACUGGAAACGACUCUAGAAAUGCAGCAAAAAGAACAAGAGAAAAAUGACAAAUAUCAGCAAGAUGUGAAAAUUAGAGCACAAAAUAUUGAGAAAAAGGAAAGGGAGCUGGAUAGUUUGCUCAGAGCUCUGGAGGGCAAACAGGAGGAGUUAAACUCCCUUGGUCAUGAUCUUCAGAAUAAGGUAAAAGGGCUGAAAAACCAAGGAAAAGAACUAAAAAACAGGGAGCACUACUUAAAAACUGAAGAGCAGGAGUUGCUCAACUGGAAGUCAGAGUUGCAGAUGCGAAAUGAGCAUGUAACUUCCACAACUCAGCAGCUAGAUGAGAUGGGGCGAGAUCUGGCUUUGCUAAAGGAAGAACUUCACAAUAAAGAGAGAAACUUAAAGAUCUUUUUUAAAAAACUGAACAAAUGGGAGCAGAGUCUCAUAGCCCGAGAGGCAGAGAUGCUUAAAAAAGAGCAGAGAGAUUUAGAGAAAGGACAUGAGGUUGACAACAACAUGAGAGUGAAUGUUUUCAGUCUGGAAGCAGGAGACAACGUCCAUUCAGUGUUCCAAGAGGUCACUGACAGAAGGGAAGGGAGAGGAGAGUCAGAUGAAGGUGAAACUGCAAACAAUAGGGAGGAUCAGAUGACAAAAACAGCAUCAUCAGCCACAGAGAGCAAUAACUGUCAGCAUGAAACACUAGAGAUGGCAGAGGAAAAGGAAGGGAUGAGAGGAACAGGAGGAGAGACAAGGAAGAAUAAAGACAGAGAGGACAGAGAAAAGUAA